AUGGGAUAUUUCGAAGAAUAUGAUGGUAUUAUUAAAGGCUGGCACGAGGAAGGUAUAAUUGAAAUAGCUCCGAAUAAUACUGAUACAGGUCACUAUUUAUCUCAUCAAGCAGUAAUCAAGGAUUCCAGUCUGACUACGAAAGUGCGACCUGUAUUCGAUGCAUCGUUGAAGGAUGAAAAUGGAAAUUCCUUGAAUGCUUGCCUCGAAAAGGGGCCAAAUUUAAUAGAAAUGCUUCCGAAACUUUUGAUACAAUUCCGGCAACAUGCAAUUGGUGUUACUGCCGAUAUAAGGAAAGCUUUUUUACAAAUCAGUUUAUGUGUCAGAGACAGAGACUUUUUUGAAAUUCCUGUGGUGGAAAGAUUCAAACAAAACCGAGAUUGUUACCUACAUACACUGUCGUGUCGUGUUCGGCAUUUCUUCGAGUCCAUUCCUGUUGGGAGCAACGAUUUCUUAACAUUUAGAUAA